AUGACCUUCCUUGCAGCUAUUCACCGUAUGGCUCCUGCUGCCGUCAAGCAGGUUGCUACUGCUUCCAUGAAGCCUACUGCUAUUGCUCUUACACAAAAGCGUUUCAAGUCAAGUGGCACUGAGAUGACCGUUCGUGAAGCUUUAAACCAAGCUUUGGAAGAAGAAAUGAUCAAGGAUGAAACAGUAUACAUUCUCGGUGAAGAAGUUGCUCAAUAUAAUGGUGCUUAUAAGUUGUGCGCGUUGUUGGAGAGAGGUGUAGGGGUGUUAAUGGGAGAAUCUGGGAAAACAGUCACCAAAGGCUUGCUGGAUAAGUUUGGUCCUAAACGUGUGAUUGAUACCCCCAUUACCGAAAUGGGUUUCGCUGGUCUUGCUGUCGGUUCUGCUUUCAGCGGUUUGAAGCCCGUUUGUGAGUUCAUGACUUUCAACUUUGCUAUGCAGGCUAUUGAUCAAAUCGUCAACUCUGCUGCAAAGACCUUCUACAUGUCUGGUGGUAUCGUCAAGUGCCCCAUUGUUUUCCGUGGACCUAACGGCGCUGCUGCUGGUGUCGGUGCUCAACACUCUCAAGACUUUGCUGCUUGGUACGGUUCCGUCCCUGGUCUCAAGGUCGUCUCUCCUUGGAACUCUGAAGAUGCAAAGGGUUUGUUGAAGGCCGCCAUUCGUGAUCCUAACCCUGUCGUCGUUCUCGAAAACGAACUCGAAUAUGGUAUCUCUUACCCCAUGUCCGCCGAAGCUCUCUCUGAGGACUUUGUUCUUCCUAUUGGUAAGGCCAAGGUUGAACGUGAAGGUAAAGAUAUCACCCUUGUCUCCCACUCUCGUUCUGUCGGCUUCUGUAUGAAGGCCGCUGAACUCUUGGCCAAGGACGGUAUUUCUGCUGAAGUCAUCAACUUGAGAUCUAUCAAGCCUCUCGAUACUGAAACAAUCUUCAAAUCUAUCAAAAAGACCAACCACAUCGUUUCUGUCGAACAAGGUUGGGCCUCUUUUGGUGUUGGUUCCGAAAUUUGUGCUCAAGUUAUGGAAAACGAAGCAUUCUGGCACUUGGAUGCUCCCAUGACUCGUGUCACUGGUGCCGAUGUCCCUACACCCUAUGCCGCCAACCUUGAAGCUCUUGCUUUCCCCGAUGAACACGUCAUUGUCAAGGCUGUUAGAGAUAACUUGGACAAGAAAGUUGGUUUCUAA